AAAGAGUCCGGCCGGAGAGGGUGGACUCGGGCUGUAUUGCAGCGAGCACCGGGAGGAACUCAAACUGUUCUGUGAGACUGAGCGACAGCUGAUCUGUGUGAUGUGCCUGGAUGGCAGAGGGGGUCACAGUCACAAGUACCACGACUUCAUGCUCAUCCAUGAAGCUGUCGUCAAAUACAAGGAAAGACUGAAGACAUCCCUGGACAAGCUGAGACAGAAGAUCAUGGUCCUUGAAGCAAAGUUGAAAGAGAAACAGAGUAUUUCGGAAAUCGGAGAAAAAUCGGUCAGUCUGCAGAACCUUAUCUCGUCCGAAUUCGCUAAAAUGCAUCAGUUCCUCAACAGAAAAGAAGAGAGUUUGAUUCGAGAGCUGAAGGACCAUGAAGACAACCUUUCAGGAGCGAUGGAAAAGAACCUUCAAGAGAUAAAAGGUCAUUUAGAUUCUGUUCGGCGGAAACUAUCACGGUUACACACAAAAAUGGACCAGCAAGCAUCAAUCAACUUCUUGGAGGAAGAAGCUUGGGGACAAAAGAGUGAAGACAGCCACCAUAUAUUAACCAGUGAAAAUCAGCCUCUGGGACUGUUCAAAGGACCAUUACAGUACACAGUUUGGAGAGAAAUGAUUAACGUUAUCUGCCCAGCUCCAACUUGUUUGACUUUGGAUCCUAACACAGCACAUUCCUGGCUCAUCCUGUCUGAUGACCUGACCAGCGUAAGAUACGGAGAUAAGGGGCAGUCUCUCCCUGAGACACCCGAGAGGUUUUACCCCUGUGUGUGCGUGCUGGCGUCGGAGGGAUUCACCUCUGGCAAACACUACUGGGAGGUCGAGGUGGGAAACAGUGCUGAGUGGGAUCUCGGAGUGGUGACGGAAUCCAUCAACAGGAAAGGAGACAUCACAGCCAUGCCAGAGGCUGGUUACUGGAUCGUGUGGCUGAGGAGGAGUGAGUAUAAAGCUGGCACGUUGCCACGUACCCUCCUGACCGUGGGCAUCAAGCCCCGGAAGAUCGGGGUCUACCUGGACUACGAGGAGGGGCAGGUGUCAUUUUACAAUGCUGACAACAUGUUGCACCUCCACACCUUCAUCGAUAUCUUCACGGAGAAACUUUACCCUUUCUUCAGUCCUUGCUUGAGUGGUCAUGGGGAGAACACAGAACCACUCAAAAUCUGCUCCAUGAAAGGUCAUUGUCUGUGAAAU